GAGCAGGGGAGUAUUUCCCUGUCCACAGGGUCACACCAGCCGCAGAGACGCAGCGUGCCAGGGGACAGGGUGCUGCAACAAAAGGGGCUGGGAAGAGCCAAGCUCAAAGGCAAGGGGAGAAGGCUCGCCCCGCUUCUCAACAAACCCAUUGCCAGAGCACCGCAGGGUGCACGGCCCUGCACUGCCACCAUGGAGGGACCCCCUGAGCACAUCCCGCUGGAAGGUGGUGGCUGGAGCCAGGCAGCACAGGAGACCAAGGCCCAGGACAGUAUCUUUUGCUCUGAAGAAGAUAACAGCCUGUAUUUCACAUACAGCGGAAAAUCAAAUGUUCUUGAGGUCAAAGAACUCAACUAUCAGGUUAACACGGCAUCCCAGAUUCCCUGGUAUGAGAAACUCACGCAGAUGCAAAUGCCAUGGACCUGGAACUCAGGUCCUAAUUCUCGUGUGUCAGUAAUCCAGAAUCUGAAUUUAAAAGUUCAAAGUGGCCAGAUGCUAGCUAUUAUAGGGAGCACUGGUGGUGGAAAGACAUCCUUGCUUGACGUGAUAACCUGCCGGGAUCACGGAGGGAAAAUCAAGUCUGGUCAAAUCAUGAUCAAUAACAAACCCAGCACCCCCCAGCUUGUCAAGAAAUGCAUUGCACACGUGCGGCAGGAUGACCGACUGCUUCCCCACCUGACUGUCAGAGAAACGCUACUGUUCGUUGCCAAACUGCGCCUUCCAAAGUUUUUCUCAGACUCACAAAGAGAAAAAAGGGUGGAAGAUGUUAUAGCAGAACUACGCUUGCGGCAGUGUGCAAACACGAGGGUAGGCAACGAGUACCUCCGUGGUGUUUCAGGAGGUGAGAGGCGGAGAGUGAGCAUCGGUGUGCAGCUGCUCUGGAACCCAGGAAUUCUGAUACUUGAUGAACCCACAUCUGGACUGGACAGUUUUACUGCACAUAACCUUGUGAUAACGUUAUCCAGACUGGCCAGAGGAAACAGAUUAGUUCUUCUUUCACUGCAUCAGCCCCGGUCAGAUAUCUUCCAACUCUUCGAUUUAGUUCUCCUGAUGUCUUCUGGAGUCACUGUCUAUUCCGGAACAGCCAAGGACAUGGUCCAAUAUUUCACAGAACUAGGCUAUCCCUGCCCAAGGUACAGCAACCCUGCAGAUUUCUACGUUGAUUUGGCCAGCAUCGAUAAACAGACUGCAGAAAAGGAGAUAGAGAGCCGAAAAAGGGCAAAUAUUCUUGCCAGCUUGUUCCUAGAAAAAAUCAAGACUUUUGAUGAUUUCUUAUGGAAAGCUAAUGAAGACGACAACGUUGUGAACACAGUCAGCCAAAAAAGCUCCCCUGUAAAAUCAGAAGAGGCUAUCCACAUGCCUUACCAUGCCAGCAAUCAAUUACCAGGCGUCUUAAGGCAGUUCACUGUAUUAUUAAGUCGUCAAGUCUCCAAUGACUUCAGAGAUCUUUCAACACUACUAGUCCAUGGAGUUGAGGCCCUCAUCAUGUCAUUAUUAAUAGGAUUUUUGUACUAUGGCCAUGGAGAAAGCAGACUCUCUAUUCGUGACACAACAGCACUGUUGUACAUGAUAGGUGCACUAAUCCCGUUCACAGUGAUUUUGGAUGUCAUUGCCAAAUGUCAUUCAGAAAGAGCUAUGCUUUAUCAUGACUUGGAAAGUGGAAUGUAUUCCGUUAGCCCAUACUUCUUUGCUAAGAUUUUAGGGGAACUCCCUGAGCACUGCGCUUUUGUUCUAAUUUACGGGGUUCCCAUCUAUUGGCUGGCAAACCUCAUGCCUGACCCAGAGCAUUUCCUGCUGAACUUCUUCUCGGUGUGGCUGGCUGUGUAUUGUGCCCGCGGGAUGGCACUUUGGGUGGCAGCACUGUUGCCAACCUUACAGCUCUCAGCUUUCUUAGGCAACGUCCUUUUCACAUCAUUCUACCUGAGUGGUGGUUUUGUGGUAAGCCUGGAAAACCUCUGGACAGUUCCAUUUUGGGUUUCUAAAGUGUCUUUUCUAAGAUGGAAUUUCCAAGGCAUGAUGCAAAUUCAGUUCACUGAAGCCAAAUAUGAAAUGACUGUUGGAAACGUUACUCUUCACAUUCCAGGAAAACUUGUAGUUAAGUCUAUGGGCCUGGAUUCACAGCCUCUCUAUGUAAGCUAUCUCAUCCUUGGUGGCAAUAUUAUUGUUUUCCUGCUUUUAUACUACUUAUCAUUAAGAUUCAUCAAGCAAAAAUCAAACCAAGACUGGUAACAGUAAGACAAGCAGAUGGGGCAGCAGGCUACAACAUUCCUUGCAAGAAAACAUGGCAAGCCCAAAGUUUACUUUUGGUAACCCUUGCGAAGGCACUGGGAGAGAAGAUCCCUGCUGAGUUCCGCUGUACGAAGCGAGUCCGGUUCGCCACAGGAUGGCAGCAGAACACCAGGAGUUGGAAGCCAGGUUGUGCUCCUCCAUUCAGACAAACCGUGAUAAAAUUCAGACUUUAACAUGGUGGUUUUUCCAUUUUUUUUUUAAAUUUGUUUGUUUGGUGUACAGUUUUAUGUGUGACACCUAUAUGCACUGCAUGCACCUUGAAAUAUUCUGAGCUAUGAGUUGCCAAUUUAAAAGGACCGAUUCCACAUUGUAAUAGCUGAUGUUCUAGGUCACAAUCUUUGAAUGCAUGGCAAUCACAUACUUAACCAGAAGAGCUCUAAGAGAAGUAGGAUCAGCACACACAAAACACUACUUACUGCAGCACGUACUCUGCAUUCACUACUCAUAAGAAGGAAAACAGAGGAAAGCAACAUAAAAAUUUUCACUGAAGCUUUGGGAAAACAUGCGUGGAUGACAAACACCAGUAUUAGUUAUUCCGUGCUGUUUCUAAUUGCUUAUGUGUUUAAAGACUUUGCCUUUGUGUUCCAGUUAGAUGCUGUUGAUGCCCAAAGUAAUCUAUACAGUGAAAAAGUACUUUUUUUUUUAACAGAUAAUUUUUCUUAUCUUUUUGGAUCUAUUUUUACAGUAUAAAUACACACAAAGUGAUUAUUAAUCACAUCUUUCUCUGUGAUAUUACUAGACACAGCAAUUUGCCAGUUUUGGUUCCUAAGAUUCACAGGUAGAAAAUACCAAAACUGCCCACCCAAUAAUUAAAAAUCUAAUGGUGCAACCUCUGAAAUGCUUGUACUUAUGCGCUUUCUUAAGUUCAGCCAUAAGACACAAAUGCUCAGAAAAUUUGUAACAGUAAAUAGCUAUAAUCCACACACAGUCACAGUAACUACAUGUGCAAAUUAGAUGUACAGUUGUUAAAAAUAUUUUAUAAGAUUAGCUUGAUUUUAAACAUUUGGGUGCAUAUCUCUGUGCUUAUAUGCAUCAAAAAAGCAAAGCACAUCAUUAAAUGGAAGUAGAACAGAUACGUUGCACGCAGUGGAAAACUCCUAGUGCUAUGGACUAUGGAUACGGGAUACUUAUGUAAAUCCUCUUUUAUUUGUUCUUUAAAGAAAUUGAAAUGAAAGAACAUCAA